AUGGGGAGCCCCGGCGAGCCGCUGAGCCGCUUCUGGCGCUGGUACAUCUACGCCAUCCACGGCUACUUCUCGGAAGUGAUGUUCACGGCCGCCUGGUCCUUUGUGGUGGACCGGGACUGGAAGUUCCAGGGGGUGACCAGCGUGUGGGCCCUCUUCAUCUACGGGACCUGCGGCCUGGCCCUCGAGCGCCUCUACGUCCUGCUCAAGGGCCGCAGCUUCCUGGUGACCCGCUGCGCCAUCUACACCCUGUGCAUCUACCUCUGGGAGUUCUCCACCGGUUAUGCGCUGCAAUGCUUCAACGCCUGCCCCUGGGACUACAGCCACUACCGGUACAACUUCAUGGGUCUCGUGACCCUGGAAUAUUGCCUCUUCUGGUUCGUCGGCGCCCUCCUCCUGGAGAAAAUCGUCAUCCGCAACGCCCUGAGGCUCAGGCUGGAUCCGGCCAGUAGCAUCCAGGGGCGCCCCUUCCCCAGGUUCGAACUAAAAGACGACUGA